AUCUCACUCCUUACCACUCAAACGAGCCCAAUGCUUAUCGCAUUGGAAGACAACCCCUCUGACAUCGUCACAGCGUAGUAUUUAGUGAAUUAUGGCGGAAGUUCGGAAACGUCAACAUGUGCAAAUUGAAGGGAAAACCUCGGAUAAAAGCUCAGUAUCCAAAAAUGACAGUAAAGGGAUGAAGAGCGUGAGGUCAGCCGUGUUUCUGAAGCUUUUUGCUGCCGGAUUUUACGGGCUGAGCUCGUUUUUAAUCGUUGUUGUGAACAAAAGCGUCCUCACCAGUUACAGAUUCCCCUCAUCAACAUGUGUUGGGAUCGGUCAAAUGCUGGCUACAGUACUAGUACUAGGAGCCGCAAAGGCAAUAGGUGUCAUCACAUUUCCAGGUUUGGACAGGAGCAUCCCAAACAAGAUGUUUCCCCUACCGCUUCUGUAUGUUGGGAAUCAGGUGUCAGGACUUCUAGGAACCAAGCGACUCAAUCUACCCAUGUUUACAGUUUUAAGAAGAUUCUCUAUUUUGUUAACCAUGUUGGCUGAGGGAAUCCUACUGAAAAAGACAUUCUCUGGGCCUAUCAAGGCAACUGUGUUUGCCAUGAUCUUUGGAGCCUUUGUAGCUGCGAGCACCGAUUUGGCCUUUGAUCUUCAAGGCUAUGUUUUCAUAAUGCUCAACAAUGUUCUGACUGCAGCCAAUGGGGCCUAUGUGAAGCAGAAACUUGACUCCAAGGAGCUUGGCAAAUAUGGGCUGCUGUAUUACAACGCUUUAUUUAUGAUCAUCCCUACAGUGGCAUAUGCACAUUUCGCCGGGGAUCUACAAAUGGCAUUGGAGUUUGAAGGGUGGUCGGACAUGCUGUUUUUGUUCCAGUUUGUGCUUUCCUGUGUUAUGGGCUUUGUUUUAAUGUACUCCAUUGUGCUUUGCACUCAGCACAACUCUGCAUUGACCACCACCAUAGUGGGCUGUAUUAAAAAUAUUUUAGUCACAUAUCUUGGAAUGGUCUUUGGRGGAGACUAUAUUUUCACCUGGGUCAACUUCAUUGGAUUAAAUAUCAGCAURGCUGGCAGUCUGGUGUACUCCUACAUCACAUUCACAGAUGAACAAUCAAGUAAGCGAAGUGAAAAGAUUAGCCAGGAAAAUUUAGAUUAGAAAUUGUGUGUGUGAAAACAAAUGGACUUGGUAUUGUUAUUAAUGUCUGACAUGUUUUAUUUUCCUCUCCAAAUGGUACUGUUAUGUAAAGUYUGUUCAACUUUCCCAUUGGCUAAUACUUGGCAUAGCAAAAAGGCCUGUGCUUGAAAUCCUAGAUUUGGUCCAUAGUUAAUGCUAUUCUAUAUAUAUGGCCAUAGUAAUAUUCAUAAUUUCACUUUAUGGACAUUUCUGAAAUGUUUACUUGUCAUUUCAACAGAAAAACCUUAAAAUGGGGGUGCCACUGGAAGGUUGGAGCUGGACUUUGUAAGACGUACGUGUAUGUCGAAUGUAUUUACCUUUGGCCACUAUUUCAACAUCAUACUAUCGCAAGACUGAAUCAGUGUUAUUGAAGAUUUGUGCCUAAUCAAGUAAAUGCAGUAACUAUGGCCGGAAUUCAAUAAGACACAGUACUGUAAAUGUUUUUCCUCUUGAGCCGACAUCUGCAGUGUUUAGCAUGAAUGCUAUCUUCACAAACUUCUGGGAAAUUGCCUUUUGUCGGUUCUGCAAUGUACUUGUUGAUAAUGUGCCUCUGAUUAUCGACUUGUUUAUUCACAUUGCCACAACAUUUUUUUACACUAUGCAGUGAGCCAUUUGAUACUUUGUUUAUUCAAAAAUGUUUUUGUGAACCUAAUUUCUAAGCAAAGCGCUUGACAUUUUUUACUAUGUUCAACAUUGUAAACCUCAAAUGUUGGUUACAUGCAUAUUUCAACAUUUGAAAUAUUGCUAGGUUUAAUUUCCUGUCACACUGGUGAGAAAUGUAUGAAAACUUCCCCACAUAWUUUAAAUCAAUUUUAUCAUUAAAGUGCCUAUUUUGCAGUUAGGCCACAGUAAAAACAUGAAAUAACA